CGCAUGCGCAGUGACUGUCUUCCUGACUAGCCGGGUUCCGCCAUUUUCUAUUCAAGAUUGAAAGUAACACCAGUCCUGUAUUGUUCUUCCCCAAAAUAAAACCAACCUGAGAUACCGAAAACCAGGUUUGUUAACACCCCCUGGCAUCCGAGAAUGGAAGACGAGAGCCAUCCAAAAACCCUCUACGUGGGGAACCUUUCAAGAGAUGUUACAGAGAACUUGAUUCUUCAGUUAUUUACUCAGAUUGGGCCAUGUAAAAGUUGUAAGAUGAUAACAGAGCAAUCCGAUAGCAGCAGGAAGGUGAACUCUUCUAUUGGAUUUUCUGUUUUGCAGCAUACAAGCAAUGAUCCAUAUUGCUUUGUGGAGUUUUUUGAGCACAGGGAUGCCGCGUCUGCUUUAGCCGCCAUGAAUGGAAGGAAGAUUUUGGGAAAGGAAGUCAAAGUAAACUGGGCAACAACUCCUAGCAGUCAGAAGAAAGACACAUCCAAUCACUUUCAUGUUUUUGUGGGAGAUCUGAGCCCAGAGAUUACAACAGAUGACAUAAGAGCUGCAUUCGCACCCUUCGGGAAAAUCUCGGAUGCACGAGUGGUGAAGGAUAUGACAACAGGGAAAUCAAAGGGGUAUGGAUUUGUGUCCUUCUAUAACAAACUGGAUGCUGAGAAUGCGAUGGGACACAUGGGUGGUCAGUGGCUUGGUGGACGACAGAUCCGGACUAACUGGGCAACACGGAAACCACCCGCACCCAAGAGUGUGCAAGACAAUAGCUCUAAGCAGCUAAGGUUUGAUGAGGUGGUGAACCAGUCGAGUCCUCAGAACUGCACUGUGUACUGUGGAGGCAUUCAGUCAGGUCUCUCAGAACACGUUAUGCGACAGACAUUUUCUCCAUUUGGACAGAUAAUGGAGAUUAGAGUUUUUCCUGAGAAGGGGUAUUCUUUUAUCAGGUUCUCCUCUCAUGAAAGUGCUGCCCAUGCUAUUGUGUCAGUGAAUGGGACCACCAUCGAGGGUCAUGUUGUGAAGUGCUAUUGGGGCAAAGAGUCACCUGACAUGACCAAAAAUGUCCAACCGGUAAUGCAUGAUAUGGAAUAUGGUCAGUGGGGACACUGGAAUCAAAUGUAUGCUAAUCCUCAACAAUAUGGUCAGUACAUGACAAAUGGCUGGCAGGUACCAUCCUAUGGCGUGUACGGGCAAACGUGGAAUCAACAAGGAUUUGGUGUAGAACAGUCACAAUCCCCUGCCUGGGUGGGAGGAUUUGGGACACAACCCUCUCAGGCUCAGCCCGGCCAAGUGAUGAACCAAGCAAAUUUUGGCAUGGCUGGUUACCAGACACAGUGAUCUACCGCUCGUUCUUCAUAACACACCUCUCACACUUUAUCUUUAACCCUUGCUGUGAGAGCAGAUUCUAGAGACUUAUGGGAGCACAUCAUCUUUUUCCCUACAAGCAUCGGAUGUAAAUCAGGAUUCACUUUAAUGUAAAGACACCCAUUUAGAUUAGAGACAAUUGAAAUGACCACCUUUAAUGGAAAUCUGAAUUCCUGUUUUAAUGGAAUUGGACAAGAUGUUGUAUUGCAUCCCAUCCCUUUUUACUGCAUAUCUUGAGAACUGCAGUUUUUCCUCCUAAAACCCAGAUUCACAAACCUCAUUGCUGGAAAGCAUAUGGUGUAAAUGAUCUGAAUAUGUAGUUGAGGGUUUUUUUGAACAAAGUAAUUUCUUUCCCCUUGCGAAGUAGAUCAUUUGCUAGUUUAAAGUAUGGACUAUGAAUUUUGUAUAAAACAACAAAAAACCUAAACAUUCUGACUCGGCAAACAAAUGUAAGUAAAGGCACUUUUUUGGGGGUUCAUUGAACCUGUGUCUUGUAAAUGUUGACAUGUAAAUGAAUUUCUAUGUGCAGUGGUGUAUAUUUAAUCCACAAUAGCUCUCCAUUCUCCUUCAAAUUCUAGAGCUCUUUGAUACUGUGUGUAUAUGUAUCUUUUUACUUCAAUUUGCAGACACAGUGAAACAUCUCCCAUUCACUAUAUGGAGAAAGAGUCUUGAUGGCCAAAUCUGUUAAUAUCUUUUGAUAACUUGGCCUAGAGUAAGGGUUUCAAGCAUGCAUUCUGCUUCACAUGAUGUUGCAGAACAAACGCAGCUUAUGUUAGAUGCUUAAACUGUGGCUGACAAGCUCAACAGAUUCAGUGAAACUUACAAGCAAGCCUUAAUCUUGGGUCAGUCACACAAAUUUCAGUUGAACAAUUUGAGACCCUAAUAGAGAGCUGUAUUUUAGAGCCUACUGUAAAUUUCGUCUUUUUGCUGUUUUAACAUAUGCGUGCCAUUUUUGAGUAGCCAGAGAAAAAGGUUUGAUUUUUUUCUGCUGGGAGCAGUAAGCAAUUGCAUGUUUCAAACAAUAAUAUUGAGGUUGCUCAACGUAUUGAAUGUAAAAGGAAGAAACGUUUGAAUACAAUUUAGCAGUUUUCUUUUUAGUCUGAAUGAAUUAAUAAAUGAAACAUUGGAAAAUAA